GAACUGAUCGUCGCACAGAGAUGACGUCACUGGCAGGGGGCUCAUAUAUCCUGUCUCCUUGUUGCUCAAGAGCUUCACAUUUCUGAAAAGGUCUCACAGGUUUAAGUCUGUAGACUGAAGCACCCACAGUUAAGUCAAACAUGGUCAAAGAAACUGGAUAUUAUGACAUAUUGGGAGUAAAUCCCAGUGCGACUCCAGAUGAACUGAAAAAAGCAUACCGCAAAAUGGCUUUGAAAUACCAUCCUGAUAAAAACCCCACAGAGGGUGAGAAGUUCAAGCAGAUUUCACAGGCAUAUGAAGUGUUGUCAGAUCCUAAAAAAAGAGACUUGUAUGACCGUGGAGGUGAAAAGGCAAUCAAAGAAGGUGGCACUGGGGGAGGUGGGGGUUUUGCAUCCCCCAUGGACAUCUUUGAUAUGUUCUUUGGAGGUGGCAGCCGAAUGCACAGAGAGAGAAAAGGAAAGAAUAUAGUUCACCAGAUAAGUGUUUCUUUGGAGGACCUCUACAACGGUGCAACAAGAAAACUUGCAGUCCAGAAGAAUAUGCUAUGUGAAAAAUGUGAAGGUCGUGGGAGUCGCAAAGGAGCAGCACAGACAUGCAUGUCCUGUCAGGGUACAGGUAUGCAAGUUCGAGUCCACCAGCUUCUGCCUGGCAUGGUCCAGCAGGUCUCCACUAUGUGUCCCCACUGUGAGGGCCGAGGGCAAAGAAUCAGUCAUAAAGACCGCUGCAAAGCAUGUGCAGGCCGAAAGAUCCUACGACAGAAGAAGAUCCUGGAAGUUCAUAUUGACAAAGGAAUGAGAGAUGGACAAAAAAUAUUUUUUCACGGAGAGGGAGACCAGGAGCCUGGUAUUGAGCCUGGGGAUAUAAUCUUUGUGCUUGACCAGCAGGAGCAUCCACGAUUCACCAGGAAGGGGCAGGACCUGAUUAUGUCUAUGGAGCUGCAGCUGGUUGAGGCUUUGUGUGGUUUUCAGAAACCUGUUCAGACACUUGACAAUAGAACACUUCUGAUCACUACCCCUCCAGGACAGCUGAUUAAACCUGGAGACACAAAAUGUGUGCUGAAUGAAGGCAUGCCUCUUCACCGUAGACCUUUUGAAAAGGGACGCCUUAUUAUCAACUUUUCUGUUGUGUUUCCACCAGCAAAUUUCCUCCCCAAGCAAAAACUGAAGGAGCUGGAGCGUUACUUUCCUCCAAAGGGAGAGGUUGAGCAACCUGAGAUGAUGGACGACGACUUGUACAUUUACGCUGACUUGGAGGAGUGUGACUUUGAAAACAGAAGAAGACGCAACAGUCACUACUACUAUGUGGAUGACGAUGACUAUGCAAGUGCAGGAGGAGUUCAGUGUCAUACCUCCUAAAUGAUCCAUUUUAAUGAAGGUCUGUUUUAAGUGUUGACAAAAGCACCUUUCCACAUAUUGAACAUGUUUUUGAAACUUUUUUUCUGUCAGAUCCUAACACCCAUUUCAUAACACCUUGAUGUUAUGAAUACUAUUGUAAUUGUUCUUUGUGAGAGCAAAGCGUGAUUACAUUCAAAGGACUAUUCUUAAAUCUAAAUUAGGUUUAGUGUAGUUUUAUUUGAUCUUCUUACACUGUGAUACAAGUAAGUCUAUGUUGAAUAGGCUUCUCAAAAAUCACUUAAACAGGGCUGUUGCUUUGUUAUUCUUUUAUCCAAUAUAUUGAAUAAAAUGUAUGUGAAUGUUAAUAUUUAAAUAAUUGUAUGAUAUUGUUAAUACACAAAUGUGAUACAGUCGUUAAACACAAUGCAACUUGAUGUGAGGGUUCGUUUUCAGGUGAUGACAGAUUUGUUUUCGAGGAUUUCUGCUGUUGUGUUGUUAUAGGGCUGUUUUUGAAACGACUGCAAAUGAAUAACAUCAGCUUAGAACAUUGUAGGUCAGGACCAGAUCAGUUUUGUUUCAGAUGUCGAUAUUGUUUUGCCAAAUUAAUUUAUUCCAGUAAUGUAUCUUUAGAAGUAUUGUGAAAAUAUCGCUGGCCACUUUUUCCACAUCUAUGCUACAAAGGACCAAAAGUUUCAUUAGUGUUGUUACCUGCUCAAAAGCCAGUGUUUACCUGGUGCCUUGUUUAAAAUUGUUAAUAUUUAAUGUUAUUGCUUGAGUCAACAAAUAUGCCAAGCCAGUAUAAUGUUUCUACUCUCAAGAUUGUUUAUAAUGGUAAAUAUAGUGUUCAUGUUCUCUCUUGCCCAUAAAUAAUUCACUUUUUUUUAAUAAUGGCAUGCAAACUACUGAGUGUCUGUCUACUUUUCUCAUCCCAGCUGCCAAAUAAGCAUUGCUCUGGGACAGUAUGUGUCUUGUUUUUAAGCCUUGUUAUCAUUUGAGCCUGUAAAAUAAUGAAUAGUUUUUAAGUUAUGUUAAAUUUAACCUUUAUGCAACAAUGGUAUUUGUAAUUGACAACCUUCUAAAUAAAUAAUGCCUAAUGUCUUGGUUUCAAAGUC